CUGUCCAAUCUCGUGGCUGAAGCUGAGGGGGCGUGGUCUCUCGCUUUAAGCUCUGUGCAGUUCAAGUGCUCAGCCCCACACUCUGAGCUUUCUGUCCGCGAGCUAACGCUAGGUUAUUUAGCAUGGCGGAUCCGGACACAGAGGAGAGAGUCUUAGCGGAAACAGUGGAAAGUGUAGUGCCAAACGACGAGGGUGCAGCUAAGUUUAAAAAAACUCAGGACAUUUUAUUUUACAGGAGACAGAGAGCCAAGCUCGGGCUGCAGUACUGUGCCUCCCUAGACACUUUAGUGCUGACUGAAAGAGGAGCGAAUGUGGAGGUGUAUGAAACUCACUCUCAGGAGCGUCUUCUUCUCCAACUAUGUGCAAUAAAAAAUGGAACCAUCAGAGUAACCAUUGAUGAGCUGCAGCCUAAAAAAACUCGCUAUAAGGUUGCUGAUGUGUUGGUCAAGGAACCAGUAUAUGAACAGUUGAGGAUCGAGUGGAAGAGAACAGAAAGUGUCUCUUUGACAUGGGGUGCAGGACAGCAUCGAUGUGUGGUCUCAGCCUCCCCUUUCUGCCUGGAGGUGCUCUGUGAUGAAGAGGUGGUGGUCACACUCAAUCCUAAAGGCAGACUCUGCUUUGAGACACUGCAGGAUCCUGAGAGGCCGUCCUCAAGUUCACAACAGGAUGAUGAAGAUCCUUUAGGGCUGUGGAAAGAGACCUUUCGACAGUUUACGGACAUCAAGGCAAAUGGUCCCAGUUCAGUGGGUGUAGACUUUAGCCUUCAUGGCUUCGUUAAUGCUUAUGGUCUUCCUGAACAUGCUGAUGCACUCCAGUUGAAGGACACGAGUGAUGGCGAGCCAUAUCGAUUAUACAACCUGGAUGUAUUUGGGUAUAAGAUAGGCAGCAGGAUGGGGCUUUAUGGCUCUGUUCCUCUGCUUUUAGCCCAUAAGGCAGAGAGGACUCUGGGCAUGUUCUGGCUGAAUGCCUCUGAGACUCUGGUAGAUCUCCAGUACUCAAAGCAGGAAGAGACUGGAGAUACUGGUUCUCCAGUGAAUAAGACAAAGGUUAGUCCUCAAACUGAUGUGAGCUGGGUGUCAGAGAGUGGACAAAUUGAUUGUUUUGUUCUUCUGGGGCCCUCACCAGCAGAUGUGUUCUCUCAGUAUGCUCAACUUACAGGAUACCAAGCUCUACCCCCUCUCUUCUCUCUGGGUUAUCAUCAGUGUCGUUGGAACUAUCAAGAUGAGAACGACGUGAAGGCUGUGGAUGAUGGCUUUGACCGCUAUGACAUUCCUUAUGAUGUGAUCUGGCUGGAUAUCGAACACACUGAGGGAAAGCGCUAUUUCACUUGGGACUCCAAGCUCUUCCCUAAUCCAGUGGACAUGCAGCUCCGUCUGCAGAAAAAGAAAAGGAAGUUGGUGGUUAUCAGUGAUCCCCAUAUUAAAGCUGACCCUGACUGGCCUUUUUUCUGUGCGGCCAGAGAUGGUGGUCAUUUUGUGAAGGACCGAAACGGUGAUGAUUAUCAUGGAAGAUGCUGGCCAGAUGAUUCCUGUUACUUGGACUUAAGUAGUUCAAGGACAAGGUCCUGGUAUGCCAACCAGUUUUCAUUUGACAAAUAUGAAGGAUCUACAGAGUCCUUGUUUGUGUGGAAUGACAUGAAUGAACCCUCAGUCUUCAAUGGGCCGGAGCUGACAAUGCAGAAAGAUGCUGUACAUUGUGGAGGCUGGGAGCACAGGGAAAUGCACAACUUGUAUGGCUUUUUCCAGCACCUGGCAACUUUUGAGGGCUUGAUAAAUCGCUCUGGUGGUCUGGAGAGACCAUUUGUUCUUUCACGCUCCUUCUUUGCUGGGUCACAAAGAGUGGGUGCGAUAUGGACAGGAGACAAUCUUGCUACCUGGGAGUAUCUGAAGAUCUCCAUCCCGAUGCUGUUGUCCUUGAGUAUCACUGGACUACACUUUUGUGGCGCUGAUGUAGGGGGCUUCAUGCUGGAUCCUAGCCCUGAGCUGCUUGUGCGCUGGUACCAGGCGGGGGCUCUGCAGCCCUUUUUUAGAGGCCACUCCGCUAGAUAUACAAAGAGACGCGAGCCCUGGCUUUUUGAGGACGAGGUCACUUUAGCAGUGCGAUCAGCAAUCCAGGAGAGAUACUUUCUGCUGCCCUACUGGUACACUCUCUUUCACCAAGCCCACACCUCUGCCUUGCCACCUAUGAGACCUUUAUGGGUGGAGUUCCCAAAGGAGACAGAAACCUUUACUAUGGAUAAUCAGUACAUGAUUGGCAGUGCUCUUUUGGCCUGUCCUGUGACUGACCCAGGAGUCUCAGAGGUCAAGAUUCUACUGCCAGGAUCAACUGAGUUGUGGUAUGAUGUGAGCAGUGGGGAGCAGCACAGAGGAGGUGGGACUUUGACUCUUCCUGUGACUUUGGAGACAGUGCCUGUGUUCCAGCGUGGAGGAACAGUGAUCCCCAGGAGAACGGACUGUGGCUCCUGCACUGCUGAUCUCCAGCAGCAGCCCUUCUCUCUAACUGUAGCCCUGGACUCAAAGGGUAAUGCUGAAGGUGUGCUGUAUCUGGAUGAUGGACACUCCUUCAGCUACAGAGAUAAAAAGCAGUUCUGUUUGCGCAAUUUCACUAUGCACUCUGGCAAAAUUACUAGCAGCUGUGGAGACAAGGAAGGCCUGUUAAUUCCAAAUGGGAAGCUGGAGUCUGUGUUUAUUUUGGGUCAGAAAAAUUUUACAGGGCAACCUACUGUAAAAUCAGCUGCAGGUAACUCUAACGUCACAUUUCAGUUUGAAGAAGAAGAAGCUAUGCUGACACUGACUGAUUUGGACCUGGAUAUACACACAGACUGGGAAAUCAGAAUAUAACUGCUACCCUGUAAUAGGUAACAAAGCAGGAAAAUGGUGCCCAUUUUUAACCUUUUAACAAGCACCGUCCCCCCUAAGGGAUUUACCAAGGCUGGUCCCUGGUUGAUCUCUCACUGGUGAAACUGUAAUGUUUGGAGUAGAUUAUUUAGCUUUGAAUGUGAUUCAACAAUCAGAUUUAAUUACACUAGUUCAUAUACUCCAUUUCCCCAGCACACAGCAGGCACCCAAAACACUGAUUAAGCCUGGCAGCCCCUGUGAUAUCAAUAUAAAUUUACCAGUCAUACCAGCCACACACUCAGUAUUUUUUUUUUUUUUUGCUAAAACAGCACAAAGACAUUUACUUUGCUGGUCAUGAACUAAGAUGUCAGUGGUUGAUUAUUGUUUUGUAGCUAAAGCUGUAAUAAAAUUAACAUCCAGGCAGAUAUAAAAUCUUUAGUUGGUUUGUUUGAAAGAAAUUGACUGUAAAUAUGUUAUCUGCCAUUCAGUCAACCCACGUUCUUCACUACCUUAAAAUAAAUUAAUAAAUAAAACAUCAAAAAUGCCUGAUGUAUAAAUAACACAAUUUUAACUUGCACUCUAUGUUAUAUUUUUUCUCUUGUUUCAAAUCUAACAAUCAAACCUUUAAAAAAUAAUCAAUUUUUUACAAGAAAACUUGUACAAGAAAUAAUGGUUGUAAUCAACAACAGUUUUGUUACAUAAGCACAUUGAGAGCUGGUCCUAGAACCAAAGGGUGUUUUUGUCACUGACCACUAGGUAAAAAAAAAGACAGUCUUUGUUAAAGUCUUUGUUACCAAGAACCCCCAAAAUGCUGCCCACAUGUUUUUUUUAGCUGCUGACAUGAAUUUACAUUUUCUUUAAUGUUUACAAUUUCAGAAUUUAAGAAUAAUAAUAUGUAUUGCCACUGUAUUCUUAAAAUUACACUUAGUGUUGGAUCUGAAAUAUGAGUAUUUGCCUACAUGAUACUAUGUCCUGCAGUAAUUCAAUAAUGCAAUAAUUACAAAAGCAUUUCAUUUUCAACUUCCGGUUGGUGUGAUAAUUUGAUAUUGACUUAAUGUAAUCUUGAUUUUAUAAUAAUGGAUGUAUAUAUUACAAUUACAUUAUAAUAAAAAAAACAGUGGUUUUGUUUA